UAUUUUUGACACAUUUUUCUCUUUUUGUUUGUCUGUCUUUGGUUUAAUAUAACUUAAUUAGUAGGUUGGGUCUCAACGUAUGGGCAGUUUACAAUAUGUGGCGUUCUUGUGCUCUUUAAGGUUACUGUUUAGGUUUAUGCUUUAUUACUUGUCUACAUUCCCGUGAAAUGUCGAUGCAUUCCCCCAAUGGAUUAUUCCCAAAUAAAAUACUUUCAUAUUUCAGGUAUCUUGUUUCCUCACUUGCUUAUCCCUUAUGUGGCGUCUUCAAAGGUUAGCCUUCAUAUAAGAAAAGUUCAGGUUAAAGUAAGCAAUAAGAGGAAGUGUAGUUAUUAAGAACAGGCAGGUGGGUGGAGUCAUAGACACAUGAACGUUUCGACGUAAAGUUUUUUCUGUGGGUGGAGUGACAGAAGCUUUCGGUUCAGCGCUUCCGUAUCACUGUCUGGUUGCUUUUCAUUCAGCCGAAUUGCAUGUACAUUUAGACUAUCGGCUGUUAAAAAGUUAAGGUAAAAGGAGGCCUAUUAAGUAAGGAAUGCUUUUGUUCCACUUCAGAAUACAGACAGGUAGGUAAUACAGUAACCUAGGUUUUUUGGUAAAGCUCUUUGCCAAGUUUGAACGAUAUAACAUCAGCCUCACUGCAGUCUGUUUAGCAAUCUAUGUUAUUAGUAGGUCUAAUUGCUUAUCAAAAUCUGUGGAAUUGGUUACUAAAAAUGUCGUAAUACGAUUAUCGUUAGCUCAUUUGUUUCUCUCUUUGACGGAUGCUGAGGCUGUAACAUUAGGCCUAUUUUCACUCAACAUGAAUGAAAUUCAAAUCGAGAAAUAAUUUCUCCGUGGAGCCUGGUAAAUGUAUUAAAGAGUGAUACAGUAAGAAAGAGUGAUGAGUAAGAUUCCUUAUUUUUAGGGUUGGGUUUUUGGGGAAUUACCCUGCCUGUCUGAACUGAUCCCAAAUCUGAGCACGAAAUCUGCACUUCAUAUUUCCUCUGGGGAUGUUGCAUUUAUGUGCUGGUUGUCAUAUUUCUAGUGCUAAGAUAAGGUUGAUGAGGUGUAAGUUAAGUUCUCAGAUUAUAACCCAUUCCAUUAUAGGAUAUUAAUAUGAUGUGGGAGUACCCUGGAGCCGUUAACCUGUUGUCUAGCAGGUGUAAAACUUCAUUGUCAUAUAUGUCAUUUUUUCAUUUUAAUUGUAUUUUCUUCCUUUAAAAGAGAAACGAUUUAUAUAUUAUUCAGACAUUAUUCCCCUCCAGGAAGUACCACACCAAAUAUAUACUGCAUCUUUUUACUGACGAUGGAGAGGAGAUUUGCACCUACUGAUACUUUUUCACUUGACAUCUGCAACAUAAUUAUUGUUUGUAUUAUACACUGUCACUGUCUGUUUUUCUUUCUCUGUGUGCUAAUUUGUCCAUCCAUCCUGUCCUGUUCCACAUAGCUAAUGGAGUUCCAGAGGCGACUGCUGCAGGUGGACCAGUGUCUGAGCAAGGCUGACGUCCAGGCACUUGCUUUCCUUUGCGUUGACCUUGUCAGCAAAGAUUUAAGCUCUGUGUCUUCUGCCGAAGAGCUGUUCAGCAUACUAACUGAUAAUGACCUCUUGUCUAGCGAGGACACUUCCUUACUCACAGAACUGCUCCAGACCUGUCACCGGCAAGACUUGAUACGGGACUUCGGAACAUUUCUGCAGCCUGCAGAGAGCUGCAUUGGGCCCUACAGAAAACUCCUCUUUGAUCUUUCUGAGAACAUCACGGAUCAAGACCUUAAAACCAUGAAGUUUUUGCUGCGCAAAACUCUACCCCGCAAGAAAUUGGAUGGCAGAAUAACUACUCUUCACCUUCUGAUGGAGAUGGAGAAAGAGGAUGUGUUGAGCAGUGAGAACUUGGACGUCUUGAAGAAAAUUCUAAUAGAUGUAUGCCCCAGCUUGACAAAAAGAAUCGACAAGUUUAAAAGAGAAACUAAUCAAAGAUCAACUCAGCUGUCGAAUCAAAUCAACAUAGGCCCCAUAUCCCAAGAAACAGAAGGAGAAGAAAAAACAAGGAGUACGAUGGAGGAUAUGUCCCAUCAGCUGCCCUCCCGUGGUUGUUCUGGAGAUGAAUUUAUUCAACCACCAUACGUCUGUGAAGAGCCCAACCACUCAACCGAGGAAUCGGGUAUUGCAGGUGCUUCUGAACAUGCAGGGUCCUUGAGUGUCCCAACAGAAGGACUGGAAACUAUGAGUCUACUCAGCAUCUCUGACAAUGAGGUGCAGAGCCACCAUUUGACCUUCUCUUCAGUCCCUGGAAAUAUGGAUCUUAAACAAGACACUUUUCUCUCCAGAGCGUCAGCUACUGCCGUGAGUUUGUGUAUGUGCUUCCUGUUUCAGGACCUUCCACAAUAUGACAUGAAAGGAGAGAAGAGAGGUGUCUGCUUGAUUAUAAAUAAUCAUGACUUCUCAAAGUCUGCCUUGCCACUAGGUAAAAGAGAUGGAACACAGUUUGAUGAAAGUAGGUUGGAGAAGGUGUUUGAGUGGCUGGGCUUUGAGAUAGAGACCAAGCGGGACUGCACCGAGCAACACAUACUGUCCCUGAUGGAGGAUCUGAGCCGGAGGGAUCACUCCCAGGGGGACUGCUUUGUGUGCUGUGUGCUCAGCCACGGCCUCGAGGGCACCGUCUACGGAGUGGAUGGGAACCAGGUCAGACUCAGGCAGCUCACUGAGCCUUUCUCAGGGAACCACUGCCCUUCCUUGAAGGAGAAGCCCAAACUCUUCUUCAUCCAGGCGUGCCAGGGCAUUAAAGAGCAGCCGGUGGUGUUUAUCCAGACCGACGGACCCCUCCCCAGGUCACUCUCCACUGAUGCAGGAGUGCCCAAGAACUCCAUUCCAGCUGACGCAGACUUUCUGCUAGGCAUGGCCACCAUACCGGAGUAUGCCUCUUUCAGGGACAAAAAGGAGGGCACAUGGUUCAUUCAGUCAUUGUGUGAAAACCUGCAGUUACUGGUGCCUCAGGGGGUCGACUUGCUCUCCAUCUUGACAGAAGUGAACAAUGAUGUAAGCAGAAAAGCAGCUGGUGCCAAAAAGCAAAUGCCUCAACCAGUGUUCUCACUACGGAAGAAGGUCAUUUUUCCCAUCCCUAGAAGCCCAGCGCCCGCCCUGUAGUCUGUAGCAAAAUCACUUGAGGAUUUCUGUACAUGGACAUACUGUGCAAUUGUCAUCAACAUGGCAUCAACUGAAUUGUAUUUGUUCUUUGCAGAACAUUUGAAAGACAUUUCACUCAGUUUCAAUGUGCCAAAUAGUUUCAAACAGGCAUGUUAAUAAAGACAAACAUACAGUUUGGUAUACAAUGGGGUUUAAAAGAAAACAUGCAGUGGAGGAACCUCCUUGGAGCAAGGCUAAAAAAUGAAUGUAAAGAACAAACAGGCAAUAAAAACAUGGUCACUGUGGAUUGGGCACUACUGCUGUCACGUCAGCGCUGAACCCAGCUCCUGCCAUGCACGAUCACCUGCACCUGUCACUCACACCAUGUAAACUCCUCACUCCUUUCAUUCCUUGUCUGGCCUCGUUGAACAAAGAACUAAAUGCCAAAUGACAACUUGUUCCCGACAUUCACGCCUGCGAUCUCCUUCGUCCCUUAGAUUUCUAUUUCAGUUCUAAACUCCAGUCUAGUGGUAAAAUUAGUUUAAAAUAUACUUCUGAGUGGUCACCCCGUUUGUUUGUUGGAGUUCGAAUAAAAAAAACCCUGCUAACCA